GCGGUCACACUGAUGGUCGUUCCAGCUGGUGGGGCUGCUACGUAUUAUUGGGGAAAAAGGCAACAUCACCGUGAAAAAAUUGGUAAAAAUGUGGUUUUCGGGCAAGUAGGUGCUAGGAGGUGAGCAGGGAAGUGGAAAAUCGAAUGAAAAUUCGUUGAAACGCACAAUCCCGAUAUGAAAUAGCUGCAAUUGCUUUCGCAUUUCGUAUUGGUACGAGUAUCAAUCGCACCAAGAAGCAAAAACAGCGACAGAGACAGACAGAGAGGCAUAGGCAAGGCAGAGUGGAAACAAGAAUUCGAGGCAGAUGACCGAUGCAGAAGUAAAAUCUACGUGCAAAUUCGACAAACAGAGCUAAGAUAGCAGUUGGGGCAGAUAUAUUGCCGCAAACAGUUCUAAUUAUACAACAGUCGUAGUGUGUUCCCCCCCGAAGAACGAAACUGGUUAUACACACAGCAACGACGACGGACGACGAAGGAACGGGAGCAGCAGCAGCAGCAGCAGCGAAAGGCAGUUCGGCGCAGCGGAGAGUGAGGGCACUCGCGACUGCUGUUCGAUGGACAAAAUCAAAUUAAAGGUUAUUGGCGUGCUGCGCGAACGCGACGGAGGCACGAAUGUCAAUCGAAGUGGCGGUGGCGGCGGUGUCGGUGUCGGCAUCGGCAUCUCCAAUGGCAACGCCAAUGGCGGCAGCGGCGUUGGCAGUCAUCAGGUGGGCGUGGGCGUGGCCACUGCAAUUGGGGUCACGCAGGACAAUGGCAAUGGCAACGAAGGCAACGCCCCUGGACCAGAGCGCAGCGAUGCACAUGCGAACGGCAUUGCGCUGGCCCCCGGCACCACCGGAGUGGGUGGGGCGGCACGCACCACGGUGUUGUCGCGACCCCAGACAUCGAAAAUCAGCGCCCUCGACCUGGCCGGCAUAUUGAACACGCGGCGACGCCUGGAAUGGACCAAGGAGUGGCUGCGCAAGAACCAGGCGGAGUUUCUAAGCAAGGAGAACCUGCUGAACGAGCUGCAGUCGCGCAAGGACGAGUGCUAUCACUUGAAUUACUUCCUCGCCAUAACCGAGAGCCAAUUCCGCUACCUGGUGCAGAAGCUGGAGCCGAUCAUCAGUCAGUAUGCGCCACAGCGGAAGAAGAAAUCGUUCAGCGCCGAGGAGCGUCUAGCCAUAACGCUCAAGUAUUUGGCAACGGGUGAAGUGCAUUCGUGUCGAAACUACUGCUUCCGUGCCUCGAAAUUUGUGAUAAACGAAAUGAUUGCCAAUAUCUGUCUGGGCUUCUACGAGCACCUCAAGGACCAAUACGUGACACUACCAAAGACUGAUGAGCAGUGGCGCAACGCGGCCACGGACAUGGAGCGCAAGCACAGCCUACCCCAGUGCGUGGGUAACCUCUUCAUGCGCAGCAUUCAGCUGCAGAGCAAUGUGGCCAGCAGUACCACUAAUGGGGACGAUCGGAAGCGGGCGACCGUCAUCUUCACGGGCAUCGUGGAUGCCGACAACAAUUUCCAGUAUGCGAAGGUGGAGCGAGCGGCAAACAUUCGCCCCAACGAUAUCUAUAACCAGACCACUGCCGUGGAGCUGAUCGAGCACAAGAUGCACGCCCUGGAGGCGCAAUCGAAGCAUCGCAAUGGCUACUACUUUGCCGGGGAGUCGGUGCUGCCAGCCACCUCAUACUUGGUCACCACACGGAACUGGCCCCGGGACCGGGCCGUGCUCGACGCCCUCGAGCAGGUCAAUGCUCACGCGGACCAAACCAUGCGGAUUCUGUGCAAUAUGUUUCCCAUUUUGGCGCAGCCUCUGCGCGUCAGCGACAAGCACAUCCGCGAAGUGGUUCUCGGGUGUGUGGCGCUGUACAAUUUCCUGCGCAAGUCGGACGACUCGUUCCGCCGCAACAGCGACAGCAUCGUGCAGCAGCAGCGCGGCGCGGAGCAGCAGCAGCUGGCGUAUGCGGACAGCGAGGAGAUCGACGACGACUGCAUCAUGCUGGCCACCGAGGAGGAGUUGCGUGAGCGGGCCGAGUUCACGCCCAGCGUUGGCCUGACCACCUGUUUCCAGCCCCUGUGCGCGCAGCGUGGCGAGACGCCCGAGGGCCUGGCCAAGCGGGAAUGGCUGCUACAGCAACAUCUGCCACUGUCUAGCGGCGAACAGAAUGGUACCGCGAACGAGAAUGAGAACGAGAACGAGAAUGAAAAUGAGAAUGGGAACGCGAGCGGGAGUGCUGCCAAUACCAAUGGAAGCGGCAGCGAGAAUGGGAGUUUAUAUUAGUGAAAUUUACCUAAGUACUAAGUUUACGAAUUUUGUAUAGUUCCUUGUUUUAUAUUUUUUAAUCUAUACUCUGUAACUGCAUCGGCCGCAAAGUCGCCGGCUAUUGUUUACCUCUUGUUUAGCGCAUUCUUCUUCUGCAUACCAUACGAUUACCAUUACGAUUACCUGCGCUGUUCUACCUUCGUUCGUUCGUUCGUUCGUUCUGUGCUUCUCCUAGGGUCUGUAUAGUUAGCUUAGUUUCUUAUGGAAGUUCAGGUUCAGUGAAUGACGCUAUGUGAUGUCUCAAAUCUCUAUUGUGGCCCAGUGCUCCUGGGGAGCUUAGCAAAGCGGCAACCACCAGAUUGUCGCGCGAACAGCGGUGUAAAAGUCGAAAUUCGAUUAAAUAAAAAAAAAAAAACGGAAGCAGAUCAACAAAAUUAAAAUUUUAGUAUUCGUAUUUAAGCAAGCAACAAAUUAUACAUAAUUAUAUUUACAAUAAAUGUGUAAGGAAUGGUCUUUACGUGUCUAAAUCUA